UCAUUAUGACAUGCGAAGCAGAGCCUCUCGUCUGAUCUAAUUGCAGAACUGCCCUUUUCCCUUUCUCCUGUUUCUUCCUGUUGCUCUGAACGGGCAUACAGGGGGGCGCGCAGGAGAUACCGAUGACAGACCUGUUAAUCCGCUCUUCACUAGGAGAGUUUUCCAGAGGCAUGGAGAUUAGACAACCAUACCGUCACAUCUCGUCAGUCGACGUAAUUGAGUGGUACCUUUCGCUUCGUUGAUUUUUUUUUGUUUCUCGUCUUUGGGCUCUCAAACUCUUUAGUUUGCUGCGCAAAACUGAAAAGUAAAUGUCUGGAUUUACUGGUGAGGUAUUUUUUCGCCAAAGUUUCAUGGAAAUAGCUAAGGUUGAAAACCUUUGCCGAGAGAGAUCAUGUACGGGCUCAAACUGCUUAUUGUGGGUGUCAGCCUGAUCCAACUGGGCUUUACUGGGAAGACAAAAAGGGCUGCAGUCAAAAACAAUUCUGGGGUGACGCCAGCGGGCCUGUGUGGCACCUGGAUCAAAGAGCCUGAUGGAGGGCAGUUUACCUCCCCAAACUACCCUGGGAGGUACCCUGCGGAGAGGGAAUGCAUCUACAUCAUUGAGGCGUCACCAAGGCAAUGCAUCAACCUGUUCUUUGAUGAUAAAUAUUCUAUAGAGCCUUCAUGGGAAUGUAAAUUUGAUCACAUUGAAAUACGAGAUGGACCAUUCAGCUUCUCUCCCAUAAUCGGCCGUUACUGUGGACAAGAGAGUCCCAUGUUUGUCGUAUCGACGGGACGCUACCUCUGGAUAAAAUUUGUUGCUGAUAGCGAACUGGAGUCAACUGGAUUUUCAGCUACAUACAACUUCACCCAAGAUCCUGAUUUCAAAGAAUUGGGAACCUUGCCACCCCUGCCCAACUGUGAUUUUGAAAUGAGUGGGCCAGAGGGCAUAGUGGAGUCUAUUCAGAUAUCGAAGGAGUCCAGAGCCGUAGACACACAAGCCGUGGACUGUAGGUGGUAUAUCCGAGCCCCGCCUAACUCUAAGAUCUUCUUACGCUUCCUGGAGUAUGAAAUGCACAACUCAAACGAGUGCAAGCGUAACUUUGUGGCGGUGUAUGACGGGAGCAGCUCCGUGGAGCACCUGAAGAACAAGUUCUGCAGCACUGUGGCGAUCGACGUGAUGCUGACCACUGAUGUGGGUGUCGUGCGCUUGUGGGCUGAUGAGAAAAGUCGAAAGAGCCGCUUUCGCAUCCUUUUCACCACCUUCCAAGAACCUCCAUGUGAAGGGGACACUUUUUUCUGCCACAGUAACAUGUGUAUUAACACCACCCUUGUCUGCAAUGGAAUACAGAACUGUGUCUAUCCUUGGGAUGAAAAUGGCUGCAAAGAAAAGAAGAAAUCAAGUGUCCUGGAAGAAUUGGACCACGUAAACGUCGCCAUCAUUGGCAUGACCUGUGGCGUAGUGCUCAUCCUCCUCAUCGUAUCCGGUAUUAUCCAGAUGAAGCAGCCACGCAAAAAGUAUAUCGUGCGACGGGAUGAUUUUGAUCCCAACCUGUUCCACGAGACCUUUGAGCCGCCGCACUAUGAGCUGUGCACACUGCGCCGUGAUAACUCCGCGGACAUGGAUGACCUGGCUCAGGACUUCCAAAAGCUGCGCCGCUCCUCGUCCAAGUGCAUCCGUGACCACCACUGCGGCUCUCAUGCCUCCAGCGCCCACGGCAGCCGCACCGACCUGAACCUGCGAGAGGCUGCCGCCGCCCUGGCCGACCCCCAGGCUGUGCCCCCACACCACCCCAUGCACCACCCCGCCACAGCAACCGUCACCACGCCCGGCGGCCGCAGGAGCAUCCAGGUCAUGAAGCACAGCUACUCACACAACGGAGGAGAAGACUACGACCCGGAGGAUGAGGACGAGCUGGAUGAAGGGCCCAGCCACGGCAGGGCGAGACUGGAGAGAUCUGUGCACCGGUCAGUAUCCAACGAUUUCUAAAAGCCUGUGGUAGCACGCCGUGUUUGAGAGGUGGUAUGAGGGGUCUUGCAUGGAAGCCCCUGUCGUGAACGUGGCGCUUUUCUGUUUCUCUUUUCUUUAUGUCAUCUGAAGAUUUUCUUGUUUAUUUUGUUUCGUCUUCUUCUUCCAUAAAAUCACCUGUCAUGUCAUGUCAUGUCAUAUCUAGAGAAGAUGUGCAUAUCAGUGAUAAUCAAAUACAUAUUUUGAUUUUAGUCUGCAUGUGCAAAUUCCAUUAUACUAAGUUAUUAUUGCAAGUUUUGGUAUAAGAUACUGUGAAAUAUAUGAUUGUAUUAUAUAUAUAUAUAUGUUUGUGUUAUGUUUGCAUAAUUUUAUUUUAUUUUAUUAUUUUAUUUUAUUUGCAUUAUAUUUAUGUUCACAGUCUGACAGGCUGUUGCACAUAUGAGAUUGGUCUAUUAGCAUGUUAGUUGAAGUGGCAAAGCUGAAUUAAUGACAGAAAAACAACCUCAUUACUGUUAUUAUUAUUAUUAUUAUUAUUAUUUUUGAGUUUUGAAGUUAAUCAAUGAUUGGCAUAUGUUGUCUCUUUUUGUCCCCUUUCAUUUGAUGUGACUUGCAUGCAUGUUUGUUGUUAUUCAGCUGUUUUAUAUGAACCUUUUGGAGAAAAAAUAUUCUUGGAUUUGUUAAUGAGCAUACCCAUAGUUUAAACCAAUGAUUCACAAACUUUUUAUGUCAGGCCCACCUUUGACAAUGAAAGGAACAUUUCACCUCCCCACCUCCACCAUGGUGUAAAGAUUAAGACUCACAUGUUAUCUGCUAUUUAACUUUUAAUUUAAUUAUUUUUUUUUUAAACCAGGACAAACAUUUAAAGUGUUAUUCUACCCUAACUUAUGUUUUUGGUAAAACUGUAAAGUAAAUGGUAUGACUAAACUGUGAUGGAACACAUUAAUACUGGUGUUAAUAUUGACCAAAUUCCCAAUUUAAAUAAAAAAUGUUCUGGGUUGAAAAUGGUUCAACACACCAUCUACUGCUUCAAAUCAUCCUGAAUCACCUUGCAAAGCCGACAUAUCUAUGACCAUUUGGUACAUAUCCGCGUCAUGAACUGGGCCUCAUUGAGUCUCAUUUUCAUUUGCUGAUCGAGACUCAUCAUUCACAGCAGUGUAAUAUUAUAUAUGAUAUAAGUAGGCAUACAAAGUAACCUAUAAACUCAUCACCAAAUAGUUUGGUUGGGCUACUAUGCUGUUGGAGCACUGCCAUACAACAUUCGACCUGUAGUCUGUUGUAUAGGUUUCUUUUUCUGCCCUCAACUCGCGCCCCUCCUGCUGUAACUUCAUGCAGUCCACUGGCCAGUGUUGACACAUUGCAAAUUGUACAUUUUUCAUUUGUCAAUAAAUACAUAUCAAAUUAUUACGGGAUAUUUCGAACCUAUUUGCAGUCAGGUAGAAAACCUACGCGCUGAACACAAGGCCAUAUAAACUGCCGUGGUGAUGUUGUGCCCCCUUGUGGAGGCUCUUGAGAUUUGUACUCUGAUUUCCCUGUAUUUUUCAUGAAUUAAGUCACUUACAUUUUGUUAGUAAGUCAGACAGACAGACAAACAGAUAGAUAGAUAGAUUAUAGUAUUAUUGGGGAACAUGGUCGUUUUAUAAUGCCAUCAGAAAUGCGGUUGUUGUAAGUAUUUGAUAAUAAAAAAAACUCUGGCCGGGGCAGGUAUACAUUACAUACAUGAAUGUAUAUAAUGAAAACAAUCGGUUAAAACUGCAACACUUUUUCUUAAUGACAACGACGUAACCCUAAAAGAACAAAGAUGAUUUUUCCCAAUGCCUUUAUUCUUUGUUUCCGUUCCGUUUCAUUUAAGGUCCAUAACAUAUUUUAUUUAUACUUUCAGAAUUACAUUGCACUUUAUUAUUGCAGUUUUGUCGACGAAUGCUUAAUUUGUAGGCCUAUGUCAGUAUCCUAUCAAAAAUAAAACACGUCAACUUAGAAUAGCAAAUUUGUAUAAACAUAUUUAUGUGUGUGUUGUAUGUGUUGAUCCACCCCUGCAAAUAUAGCAUAUUUUCUAAGGGAAAAAAUCUAGCAUCGU